GCCAACCAAUCAACAGUGUGUUUAUCAAGCAUACGAUUUCAAUAUUUUACAUGGAAAGUAGCCCCACCUUGCACUAGUUUCAACCUAGUUGUACGAGUCUUCCCCUUCCAAUUUCCAAGUCAACUAGCGUGUUAAACACAGAAUGAACUUAAUAUAUUGUGAAGCAAGAAUGGAAGUAAACAAUUCAGCAGUCUUGUUCUGAACUUGAGAAGUAGAUCCUUUUGUUUUUGUUUUUCUUUUUCCGUGGUGCUUUAGUUCUGGCUCUUCAGUUCAGCUGGGAAUUUCUCGAUGGCUCCCGUGGCUUUGUUUAUUUUCUCUCUUCUCACUCAUCUCGUGGUUCUUCACUCUAUUGAAGAGUUGAAAAUCAACAAAGGCUGUUCUCCCGAAGAAUGUCAGACGCAUCCUCCUGAAUGCGGCUGGUUGUUCACAGUUAAUUGUUCUGAUCGAGAUAAUCCGAGGAUCCAACUGAAAGAGGAAGGAUACUGGCAUGAAUUUGAGAUCAUCCCUGAACCAAAUAUGAUUUUUAUCAAUGACCGCAAGCUUGAGCAGCGUUUGAAAACAAAUCACUGCAAUGAUCAAGUUUUCAACGACUUGAGGCUUCCCGACCCUUCUCCAGUCUUUGAUGAAUUAUUCGCACCCAAUCUGACCCUCAUCAAAUGCAGCACCCCACUCAACGAUACAGAGCUUAUCGACGGCUGCAGAAAUCAUAACUAUACUUACUAUACUACUUCGCCUGAUCAUAGUUUACUAAGUCCCCCACCAUCGUGUUCCGUGUUUCACAUGCCCAGGGAUCCAUAUAAACCUUUCUUCAAUCUCUCUGCAUUGACUACUACGUUUCACCUUGAAUUUCGAGUAAGAGAAGAAUGCCAUGUUGACAAGGGAAAAUUUAAAUGUUCCGUUAGAGAAAAAGGAGAUAAAUUGGGAUUGACGCUAGGACUAGGUAUUGGCCUUGGAUGUCCGGUACUUCUUGCAGUAUGCUUGUUUCUUCUGUGGUGUUACAAAAAAAAAGGCGCUGCUUCAAACUUCCUCUCAAGGAACAUUUCUUCUCAGCCCCACACAAAUUCAGACAUAGAAGGGGGCGUCGCCUACUUUGGCGUCCCAGUCUUCACCUACACUGAACUUGAAGAAGCCACUAAUCAUUUUGAUAGUGAAAAAGAACUGGGAGAUGGAGGUUUUGGAACCGUAUACUACGGCAAACUCAAAGAUGGCCGGGAAGUUGCAGUCAAGCGUUUAUAUGAGCACAAUUACAAACGUGUGGAACAGUUUAUGAAUGAAAUUGAAAUUCUCACCCGUCUGCGCCACCAAAAUUUAGUUUCCCUAUAUGGCUGCACUUCACGCCGCAGCCGUGAACUCCUCCUUGUGUACGAAUACAUUCCCAAUGGCACUGUUGCUGAUCAUCUCCACGGCGAGCGAGCAGACCCUGGCGCACUGACAUGGCCUAUUCGUAUGAGCAUUGCCAUAGAAACCGCGAACGCAUUGUCUUACCUCCAUGCCUCUGAAAUUGUACAUCGUGAUGUGAAGACUACCAACAUUCUCCUUGAUAACAAUUUUUGUGUAAAAGUUGCAGAUUUUGGGCUCUCCAGGCUUUUCCCCAUGGAUGUCACCCAUGUCUCAACUGCUCCACAAGGGACCCCUGGUUAUGUUGACCCAGAGUACCACCAGUGUUACCAGCUAACUAGUAAGAGUGAUGUUUAUAGUUUCGGGGUUGUUCUCAUUGAGCUUAUAUCAUCUAUGCCAGCAGUUGAUAUAAGCAGGCAUAGGCAUGAGAUUAAUUUGGCUAACUUAGCCGUAAGCAAGAUUCAGAAAGGUUUAUUCAAUGAGUUGGUAGAUCAACGUCUCGGAUUUGAGUCCGAUGAUGAAGUUAGAAGGAUGGUAAUUGCAGUAGCAGAGUUGGCUUUUCAAUGUUUGCAGCUGGACAACGACAUGAGGCCUACCAUGUGUGAGGUUUUGGAGGCUUUGAAGACAAUUGAAAGCGGGAACGAUGUGCCAGAUAAUUUAAAGCCGGCAUUUGAUAAUGCCGGGAUGAAAACAAAUAUACUGCCACCACCUUCACCAGAUUGUGAUGAGAUUGGGUUGAUGAAGAACAAGAGACCACUAUCUUCACCAAUUUCAGUGACCCAAAAAUGGCCUAGCACUAGGUCUACUACACCUAAUGCCAGUGCCUGAUAUAUAUUUUUCCCCAUUCUAUGAAGUUUCAUAAUACAGAACAUGAAUGUGUUUCAGAUUUGAUUAGGUGGAUUGAGGUUAUUUUGUACUCAUCUCCUUGAUUUGUUGGUAAUAGAAAAAACACAUCCAGUUUGGCAUAUCAGUACUGCUAGGUAAAGGCUCGAGGGAUUGUACAUAUUAAAUGGAGAUAAUGUUGUUAAUGUUCAUAUUUUACAUUAUAUUUCA